GGUAUCCAUACUAUCCCUUGCAUACCCUGGCGUAUCUCCGGUGAAUAUAAAGAGCGAAAGUUUUUGAGCAAAAAUCAGUUCGUCUUCGGCGCAACAACCAGCAACAACAAGAUCAUUCGAUCUUCACCCACUCGCACUAAAAUUCAAGCUGAUAAAAUGAUCAUGAAGGUGACAUUGGCAUUUCUACUGUGUUUGGUUACUUUGACGAUUGUCAAAGGUGCUCCUUCACCAACUGACCAUGAAGUUCUUGGCGCUGCUGUUAUAGAAAAUCAACCAGGUGAGGUAGCGGUAGUUGCGCCGAUCGAAUCUGCUGAAUACGCUCAGCAGCCCUUUGAAGAAAAUGAGUCCUUGGAACCUUCAGCCACUCACCAUAAACGUUACUACUAUCCUCAUUACUACCCUCAUUACUACCCUCAUUAUUACCCAAGAUAUCACUACCGCGGAUACGGAUACUAUUACUAGAGGACUCUUUGAUGGCUGAUCAGUAUUGCUUCAGCAGUAAAAUCAUCCACUACUUCUACGACACCAUUUCUUCCAUCAGUCGAUGAUACACAAUCAAUCAGCAAUACUCGCCAUGUAGUCCUUCUCCACCACUGACGACGAAACAAACGUGUUAAACUCUAAAUCCUUUCCCCUUUUUUACUCUUUGUAGUCGCAAUAUUGUAAUGCGCGACUUUUGGAAAAAUAAAAUCUUUUCAAGCAUUGA